AAAAGCUUUGUCGUCCUACUUACUAUUUUGAAAAACACAAUGGAAGAUUGCGAUAUUGAAAGAAUACCUGCAACAUCUGAGGAGUCAAAAUCCAUAACAUCAAUAAGCCAAGAAAAUGUCCAUAGAAUAUGCUCAGGACAGGUAAUUCUCAGCCUCGCCGUUGCCGUAAAGGAAUUAGUGGAGAACUCCAUUGACGCUGGUGCAACAUCAGUUGAAAUUAAGUUGUUGGAUCAUGGCUUGGAUUACAUCGAAGUCAGCGAUAAUGGUAGCGGAGUGGAAGAACACAAUUUGGAUGGAAUGACUGCCAAGUAUCACACUUCCAAACUCAGAGAAUUCGUAGAUUUGCAGUCUGUAGCUACCUUUGGAUUUCGAGGAGAAGCCCUGUCAUCACUUUGUGCAUUGGCGAAAAUGUCCAUUACGACACGUCACAAAAAUUCAGAUGUUGCAGUAAGAAUUGAAAUGGACCAUGAGGGCAAAAUUAUUAGCCGCCAUCCUUGUGCGAGGACAGUUGGUACAACUGUAACUCUCUCGAAUAUAUUCGAAAAGCUACCCGUUAGGAGACGAGCUUUCGUCAAGAAUGUAAAAAAGGAAUUCAAUAGCAUGUGUCAAAUCCUUCAGGCUUAUUGCCUGGUCUGCACAGGGGUACGCAUUAAAUGCACCAACCAAUCGCCGAAAGGUAACAAAACUGUAGUAGUACAAUCGCAUGGUUCGCUGGAUGUGCUCUCAAAUAUUUCUGCCAUAUUUGGUACUCGCCAGUCAAAUGAUAUUUUGGAAAUUAAAUCUCCCCUAAGCGAUAGUAGGGGCGACAUGAAAACUGUUGACGUUCUCAUGGGGGAACUUCAAGAUGAUCUAGGCGAUGCAAAUAGUCUUGACGAAGAUGAUGUAAAACAAAUAUUAGGCUCUAAAUUGGAAGGGUACAUUUCCAGUUGUUCUCAUGGAUGUGGGCGUUCCUCUAAGGAUAGACAGUAUUUCUAUGUCAACUUCAGACCAUGUGAUCCGAAAAAUAUAUCAAAAGUUGUCAACGAAUACUACCAUCGCUACAAUGCCCAUCAAUUUCCAUUCGUCUAUCUAAAUAUCAUAACCAAUCGUGAAUCAGUUGAUGUCAAUCUCACACCCGAUAAAAGAGUACUAAACCUGAAUAAUGAAAAGGUACUGCUGGCUUUGAUAAAGAAAGCCUUGAUUGCGACGUUCGAUAGCAUCCCAUCGACAUAUAAAGUACAAAAUACUACUAUCACUAGCAUACUAACUAAACAGGAAGCUGUCGCGGAAAGUGAACUUGGACAAAGCCAAAGCGAAAAUUUGGAAGCCUCUUCGCAAAGGUUUUAUGAGGUAUUAUCGCAAUGGAAAUCGACUGGUGACACGGAAGGCGCAAAACCACUCACGAAAUUAGUUAAAAGAAAUUGUCCAGACGAGAUAGAAUCCAGAAAGCUGAAAAUGCAGAAAAUACAAGAAUAUCUCAACAGAGAACAAUCACAGCAAGUUUUAAAUGAGACAACCAGUUGCAAAUCCGAGUCGGAGGAUGAAGGAACUAAAGAACAAGACAUAAAGUAUUCUCCAAAAAGUUUAACUGAACAGCACGACACACUUGAAAUAUCAACCUUUGAAUCGCUAACAAGUCAUGUGCCGACUAAGGAAAGUGAAAAAAUCACUGCAGCAAAAGACGCAUCGCCUUGCGAGUUUGAAGGAGAUACGAAUUGUCAAAAAACUGUAGAACUUGAUGAAAGUGAUUCCGAACAAGAUUUCCCAAAGUUUACUUGUAACGAGCUUAAGACAUCUAUAUCCGAAAUCGAAACUAUGCUUCAAGAUGAAAUAAAAAUUAAACGCGAUAAACAACAGAAAAGCAAACUGCAGCGAUUGCGUUUUAAAAGUGAAAUCAAUCCCAAUCAGAAUAAGACAGCAGAGGCUGAGCUUCAGAAAGAAAUCAACAAAUCGCAUUUUGUGCAUAUGGAGAUUUUGGGUCAAUUUAAUCUUGGUUUUAUAAUAACUAAACUCGACGCUGACCUCUUCAUUGUCGAUCAACAUGCAACCGACGAGAAGUAUAACUUUGAAAUUUUACAACAAACGACAACAUUGCAACAUCAACCUUUGACUAUACCACAAACUCUGGAGCUAACGGCUGUAAAUGAAAUGGUAUUAAUCGAUCACUUGCCAGUAUUUGAAAAAAAUGGCUUCAAACUUGAGAUUAACGAUAAAGCUCCACCUACAAGGAAAAUCCGUUUGCUAGGAAAACCGUUUAGUAAAAAUUGGGAAUUCGGUAAGGAGGAUAUUGAUGAAUUAAUAUUUAUGCUACAAGAUGCUCCCGAAGAUUCCAUGUGCCGCCCUUCUCGCAUUAGAGCUAUGUUUGCUUCAAGAGCAUGUCGCAAAUCAGUGAUGAUAGGCCAAGCACUAAAAAAGUCUACUAUGGAAAUGUUGGUGAAACACAUGGGCGAAAUCGAACAACCAUGGAAUUGUCCCCACGGAAGGCCAACAAUGCGACAUCUCAUUAAUUAUGCCAUGCUGUCUAACGACGACAUAGACGACUGUAGCGUCGAGCAAUCUGACUGAACAUACCAAAUAUACUAUUACUAAUAAUCACUUUACUCUGGCUUACAUAUUUACAAAUGAA